AGAACAACAAUAACAUCAACACGAAGUUAAAUGAAUUUCAUCUAAAUACUAAACUAAAGAAAAAAGAAAAACAAGAGCAUAAAACUAGUUAUAACUAAUAUUUGAAAAGCAGAAAAAGAAAAAAAUAACACUGAUCCCCAUACACAAAAAACAUACACAGAGCGUUAAGUAGAAAGGUUAAGGGAAAGGAAAUAAGCAAAUGGGGAAAGCGUAAUUAGCUAUAUACAUAUAUAAAUUCAUAUAUAUAUAUAUAUAUAUGUAGUCUAAUUGUUAUUUUAUUAGAUUAAACGAUCCGUGUACAAGGGUGGCCACGGUUAAACAAAUCACAGAAACACACAAAACCAUCACAAAUCAGUGCAACAACAUCAUCUAUACAGCAACUUAUGAUUCUAGAAACCAUUACAAGAUUUUAACGAUGGAAGAGAUACGUCACACGUGUGUGCAUGUGUGUAUGUGUGUGGAGAUAUAAUCAAACAUUUAGUCCUUAAAGGCGAUCGAAGCGAAGGAAAAGAUGAAAAGUUGACGGACUCUUUUGUACAGAAGGAAGGCUCUAACCUUUAAAACGAAGCAUCACGAAGAGAAUGCAAUGAUAGGUGAAAGCUUUGCGUCAAGAGCAAAAUUGCAGGGCGUGAACUAUCACAUCAUUUGCAGCUCUUUUCACUCUCCCCCGUUUGUGUCCUGGAGCAUCUUGCGCGGUGCGCGCAUCUGGAAAGAAUAAGUGAUCCUUAAACUCUAGCGAACAUCAUUUCACGGGGAGAGUUCAUUGGCUCUGUUACAGGUUGCUGAUUGUUGAGUUCCCUGCUAACCUAAGGUAGUUUGCUCAAUGUACACGUUCCCUUGGUUCAUUCCCUGUGAUCCAUCUUUAACGGUAUCGAUUUUAUCACAUACCCACUCAUGCAUACACUCAUGCACACUACAGAAUAGUUAUAAAUGAAGCAGUGUUGCUACAAUAUGCCAGUCACACUUCAACGAAUACCAAAAUCCGUAGCUAAUCCCACAUCAUGUACCACAACGACACAUCACCCUUUCAUUACCCUCAGCAAUCACUGUAGGAACAGGGCACAUCACCAAAUGUGAAAAUGUAGCUUCCUGCUGAAUAUUAUUUUGCUUAUUUUAUUCUACUCAUCGUAGUGUCCCUGCUCUACGGAGCGCUAGCAGUAGCACGGAAUCCGUUUGAUGAACAUGAAACUCGAAAAAUGAGGAAUAGCUUGUUAACAAAGAAGCGAAUGUCCCGCGAAGUAAUGGUACGCUUCUACCGUUGAACCCUUCAUAUGAUACUUUCUCUAUUUUUUUAAACAUUUAAUGAAGUCCUCAGUCGGAUAGGGAAAUCGUACAGUCUGUACUCGCGGUGUAGUAGAAAGCAGGGUUUAAGGUUUAAGGGGUUUGUUAUAUCGCAAAAGUUGGCGAGCAGGUUUCGAUAAUCUUACUUUCGUGUUGGAUUCGUUUCCGAUUCCGAAUUGUUUGUUUGUUAAUUUCCCUCGUUAUUUGUUUCCCGCAUAUCAUUCACCGUCACACCGCCACAGGGCAACAUGAGGAAGGGGUAGAGUGCGGGAACGGAUACAGGCCAGGCCUAAAAUGUUUCAUUUCUUUCAAAAUGUUUUUUUUUCCAUUUUACUUGUUUUAGCACUAAGCCUUAGUGGUAUAAGUUUUACUGGCGAUCGAUUUGGGGUGUGGGUUUAGCCAGCAGCAAUGCGAAUGAUCGCCAUUCAGUCGAUCAGCACGAUCGGCCGCAAUCAUUCGACUUGCUCUUGGACGCCUCGACGAUCGACGUGUGGCAAUAGCGGCAGAAGUGAUGCAGCCAGCAUAGGGAUGUAGUGGAGCAGUAAGGUAGGUUAGUUUGUAACUUUACUUUUUCUUUUUUUUUUCGGUUACCCAAAGGGACCCGAACCGCGCAUGAGGAGCAAAAAGCAAAUCCUGCAUAAAAUGAACCAAAAAGACGAAAACCCUGUCUCAGACAGAAGAAUCGAGCGCGCGAAUAGAUCCGCCGAAAAUAAGCCGGAAGCGCAUUUGCCGCAGAAUAGCAAGACACAGCUAGGGGAUACUAUACACGGUUACGUUUGCCGCGGUAAAACGUUUGCCCAGACCAUGGUUGGUUUAAUAAAGGGAAGUAAGCAUUGCGACUUACCAUCCACUAGCACACUCCCACUGUCUCCCUCCCCUAAAAGACAAUUGUCCCAUUUUAAUGUGCCACCACCACCACCACGAUCACCAUCACUGGAGAGUUGUACAUCUUCCAAGGACGUGCAGGACGAAGAAGGGGCUCUCUAGUUAUUGUUUUUUGCGAGGACUACGGCGGUUUGUUGGGGUGUGGUUCUACGUUCUCUACUCUGUUGUUUGCACUUUUUAAAAUUGCAAGAACUCAACACACAAACCAUCAUUACCACGGUCUCUUCGCCGGCUUUCGGGCAUAUAUCUGCAUUGGUUGGUUGUGCGUGAUAGUCCUUCCGCGGUAGUGAAACGCGAAGCUCUGCACGGAGUGUGUCACCAUGUAAACCAUGUCCAUGGGAAAAGAAAACAGUUGCGGAGGGAUAGAUAUGGGGAGAAGCUUUACAGUGGAUGGCUCUUUCAUAAGCCAACCAUCGAACGGCACACGAGCGAAAACGAGCGAGAUAAGCAAAUUACAGUUCCAUUCUUCUUUGUUCAGUUACCACAUCAUUAACCGAUGCGCUACCAGAGCAACAUCGAUCGACCACGAAUACUGUCGGAAAGAUGUAAAACCAUACAAUUAAAACCCUGCGAAUGAGUCCACUAGUGCAACGGGAAAAGAAAAGGAUCCUGAAUCCUACGGGCCGGCGAGGCAGUGAUCUUUACAACCGUACGAUCAUUGGUCGGUCCCUGGUUCAUGUGGCGGAUGUUACAAACAUCUGAUCGCCUCGGCAGCCCGUCAGUAACAAAAAAAACAAAAACAAACAAAAAGUAAUCCGUUUGUGUAACACAAAACGCUAGUUCCAAAUAAUGUCGUAGUCAAUCGAUCACCAGUCACAUCUACUCUGUCUAUAUGUGGGUGUUUGUGUGCGUGGGAGGAGAAGUCACUGGAUAACCAUUAAUGCAGCAUACUUUUACCAUCAACCAUAAUCAUUCAGUGAAAACUGCCCUGCGUGCACCUCCACGUGUGUUUGCACAGAGGAAGUAAAAGCCAUCUCCCACUCACCUAACACAUCACAUUCACACAUACACACACACACACACAUACAUACAUAACAUACACAUAAGUACAUACGCGAAUUAAACAUGCAUCCCCCCACUCGUAACAUCCUAGUGUCAACUGUGUUAUGUUUUAUUCAAAGUUUAUCUAUAUUUAUAGGAGAACCAUAAGGGAACGGUGGUAUACAGGAGAGAGAGGGGAUGAGAGAGACAGAGAGAGAGAGAGAAAUAGAGAGUGUGUAAGAGAGAGAGAGAGAGAGAGAGAGCGCUGGUGGGAAUAAGGCAACCAAUCACGGUCGAAAUGAAAGCACUUGCUCUGAAUAAAUGUGAACAGUGAGAAAGCUGUUAUACGUGUGUAUGUGCUUGUGACUCCUUGAAAGGUUACCGAUAAGUCGAAAUACGGCGGAAAUGGCGAAAGCAAGGAAGGGGCAGUGAAGGGAAUUGCGAAGGGACACUAGCAAUUUAACCAAUUAUAGUGAAACGAAAUAGGAUUGAAGGGAAAAGUUAGAAUGACUAGAAGAACGGAAAGGGUAAACAGUAACAGCCCUUUUAAAUCGUUACCGUUAUGACUAGAGGAGAAAGGGGAAACCGGUAGAGAAGUUGGUAUAGCAAUGAGUUAAGGAAAAACGGACAAAAGAAAGAAAGGAAACUGGAAACAGAACGAAAGUGAAAUAGUAGUAAAGCGAGCAAGGGUACGCUUUAUAAGAACCGAAAUGUAGCAGAAAAUACAUGAAUGAAUAUAAUGAGACAAUUUAUGGGACAGAGUUACCAACUAAAAAAAAACAAUGUUUUAUUUUUCUUCUCGUUUCUUUGUUUUCUUUUGUUUUUUAUUUUGCGUUUGAAACCAUUGGCGCCAUUUCCAGUCUGUAUGUAUCCUUCUCUCCUUUAGGAUUUUCCAUUUGGAUUCCAUCUUUUGUUGUUGCCCUUUUUCUCAUUUGUUCCGUUUGUGGUUCUGAUUUGUAGAGAAUUCGAUUCGUAACCUGUCUACUUCUUUGUACAUUCGUUUACCAUUUUCUGUUCGUUAUUUAAUAUUUGUUUUGCAUUUUUCCUCUUUUCAUAGCCUAGCAUUCGAUUGUACUUAAGUGCUUAAGUAAUCAGUGCUCUUCCAACGCAUGCCCGCUUACAUUGGAUCGACGGAUAGGAGAGUUAAACGUGAAAAAAUGAAUUAAGUUAGUAAUCGAUAGUACAAACGCGCGUUUGUGGGCAAAUCGUGAAAGAUCGCGUAUCGUGAAAGAUCGUGCAAGCCACGAGCCCAGUAGUGUCCUGCGGCUAGAGACAAGCUCCAGAUACCAUGUUAAAGAUGAGGAAAAGAUGGAUCCAUCCACCGGUAUAGGAUCGCACUACGAACCGCGCAAGUAAGUGUGUAGAUACUAGUAUAGUCAACGAAUGUUCGUUAAGAGGCAAACAAAGCAGAAAUGGAAAACCAUGCCAGAUGUGUUGUAGAGUGCACGGUCGCCACACCCUUAGUUGUGUGUGUGUGUGUGUGUGUGUGUGUGUGUGUGUGGAGUGUGUCUGUGUGACGUUGUGAUGGUAGAUGACUCUAUUGUUGUUACUUGUUGCAUGUAUGUAUUAAAAAAGGUGUGGUUCGGAGGGAAAUUGUGGGAGGACGAGGGUCAGGAACGUGAGCUAUAUCUGUUUCGCGGGCCCGCAGUGCGUAGUAGUGGUCAACGCUGCCUGCCAACUCACUACAUUCGCAACUUUUACAUUACUUUAGCUCUCUGUGGUUGCGCGGUGAGCGUACGCAUCGCACGCAUAGUUAAUGUUCGAACCAAAUACUAUGUAGCUUUGCAAGGAAUUCGUCGGCCUCGCAAAAUGUUGUCGUUGUUUUUACACAACAACAAGCAACCACAGGGACGAGAAACAGUGUUCUAAACGCUCUUAAGAACUGUUUUGGUAGUAUCGAAUUUCUAAUAUGAAAUGUUUGUUGGUAUAACACUUGGUUUUCAUCUCUUAUUAUUUAAAUAAUUAGCUUGCCAAGAGCCAAUCCACUUGACAGGAGGAAGCUCCAUUUCGAUUUACUCUGUCGUUCUGCAAUAUCAAACUCUUAACAUACACUUUCUCAGUUCCCAAUGACGCCACAAAGCAUGUGUCGCGGUGUAUAUAAAGAUCAAGGAAGAAGAAAACUGACAUGAACAAAAAUCAAAUUAAACAAAACGAAACAAACAAAAGGCAGACAUGAAACGCAUGAAAGCAGAACAGUAAAAGCAUGUUUUCAUUGAAAUAAAGAUAAAACAAAUAGCCAAACAGAAGCGUCCGUUUAAUGUAGACGAAGAACUGUGUGGAGAAGCUGUAAAUGAAGGUGUUGCAAAAGAAGGAUAUUUUUCUAAUGAGUAAGCCAACUAUUAAUCAUCAUCCCGCUAGCGUUAGAGAGUGUGUCUCCUAAGGGAGGCGAGAGGCGUGUCUCAUAUAAAACAUUCGAAUACCAUCUCUUAACGUCAACAUACAUCACCCAAACGCAAAGCCUGCAAAGCUUUGUGUAGUAGAACUCUGUAUAAGUAGACUGAAACGUAAAGCGAAUCAACUGUUUUGGAGAGAGAUAGAAAAAAAAACAGGAAAGAGAAAGAAAGUAACAGGUUGCAACAUAUUUUCCACGAUUUUAUCCACAUUCAACAACACGACAGCAUUGCCUAUCUCUUGACCUAACCCUUAAUAGAAAAAAAAACGCACAUACAUAAACAGCCAUACGCACGAGGCGUUUGCCUAUCCUCUCUUUCCCUCCCUACCACCUUCCUUGCAUUACAAUCCUUUUUCAACGUUACAGGACACUUAAAUACAGGAUGUGGAUGUUUUUUCUACUCACCCACUAGGAUGCCCUACCGCGGCGGGCUUUACUCAUCUGUCACUUAAUGAUCGCGUCGCGUGAUGAUAGAGAAUCUGGGAACCUUUUUCUUACCUCCCAACAAUUUAUAGCACCAACUCUCUUUCUCGCCACUCUAAACAAUCCAUUUUACAAAUCUACAACACUCUAAUGGUUGCGCUACCUUACCGAACAUCGGGAGGACGGCGAGCGUGCAGGUACCGGGGUACCGACGGGGAGCACGUGUGUGGAGCUUCGUGUACCCCCCCGUAGGCGCAGGAGGCGAAACGCUUGUUCGACGUGUGUUCUCCAAAAUGCUCCCAUCAGUAGAGUGAUAAGCGUUUAGGAACGUUGUGGAAGAGGAGUGUGUUCCAUUUUAUCAACUCUUUCUCGCGUCUCGCGUGUACACGUUAGUAGUCUCGUUCCUAUGUUCUCUGCUUUACUGGCCCUAGGUGCCCAUCAAAAAUUGAACAAUUGAAGGCCACUUUUUGAAGCGCACAUUACCCGGCAUCAAUUAUCGUCAUACAACACAAUCUAUGAAACCCGCAGCGUACGAUACCUUAGGAUGGAAUUAAACGAAUUCAUUAACAAAGCAUAAAUGCAUGAAAACAUAUAGAUACAUACUUACACAUAUAUAAAUAUAUAUUUAAAGCAGAUGAGAACAACGUUAAAACCUGAAGCAAAGAGCAGCGUGAUGUUUAAGCAUCCCUCUUACAUAAGGCACCAGUUAAAGUGUAACGGCGAACCCUUCACAAUGAUAGACAAUAUGUUUAGCAAAAAAUCAAGAGGUUACAAACCGCUACUCCAACUGUGCAGCGGUUCCAUUACUCGGAACGCGGGCAUCACCUACUACAGGAAGGUUAUCGUACAUUAGCGUUCCAACGGUCCCGUUUAACACCAGUAUAGCUAGUGGCAUCGUCACCAAUCUUCGUCACCGUACGGCUUUAAAUGGCCUCAACACUUCUCCUCCACUUCUUUCUUACACACGACAGCAGCUAACAUACACGCACGGCUCUUAAUGUAAUUGUUCUCGUUGUUAUCUCAUCUUUGCAAAAUGAUAAUAAGGGUUAAGGGUAAACCUGUGUGCAUGCAUGUUAGAGAAAAAAAAAUCAUGGACGAAUGCAAGUAACUCCAUAGCAUUACAUUCAAACGGAUCGUAAAACAAACCUGAAAACACAAGCACACACAAAAAAACAAUUGAAACGCCUUCCAUUUGUAGGCUUCUGCCUUGUCUUUUUUUAGUUCUGGUUAGGUUAAAUCAUCGUUACUAUUGUUCCGUUCCAUUUGCCAUUCUCGUUACGACCUAUGGAGAGAGGAGUUUUCUCACCGUUUUCUAGUGACGUUUUCUAGUGGUUGACGUGAGGCAGUAACAGGCAGUCGCCGCUGUUGUUUCAUUUGUUUUAGUGCAACUGGUACACAUGAGUGGCAUAUGAAGCGUGGGUAGGCAAAUAACAAAACAAGCGAGAAACAAAUGAACAUUAGCAACAAAAGCAACAAAAACAAAACAACUAACCCAGAGACACGGCCAGAAAAGGAAGCUUUAUGAAUGCCACUCUUUGGAAAACUUCUGCAGAAAUAAAAAACCAAAAAGAUAGAAAGCAAGAGCGCAAGAGAAAAGCGCAGUUUAAUGGAGUAGUCAAAAAGAAAAGAAAACUAUAAUAACGUUAAUUUGUUGAUUUGAAAAUAAGUAAAAGAAAAGCUAAUGAUUUGUUCAGCCGAGUAUAGAAAAUGAAAGAUAAUUGAAUUAUAAAUUAAAUUAAAAAAGGACUAAGAAAAACGAAAGAAAAAAACAGAUCCCAAAAUGAUAACUGUAGAAUAGGUGGCAAUAAUGUGUUAGGAAAGCAACCAGGCAUCAAGAAGGCAGAACGGAACUGGGGAAAAUGGCGGAGUGAAAUUUAGUACGAAACAAAAAAAAAGACAAGUUUAUUAGGAAAUAUAUUAUUAAAAUAAAAUAAAAAAAAACACGAUGAAAGUGAAUAGAUAGUGUCAAGAGAAUUGUUUAUAGAGGAAGAUAACAGAAACGAAAAGAAUUAAAAAGAAAUAAAAAGAACUAAGUAACUUCAACUUACACGUUACCGUGUUACCGUCAAAAGAUGACAGCAGCAUUAGCAGAGAUGAUGAUGAUGAUGAUGAUGAAGAACGGUAAGGGACGGUAAACGGCCGGAGGGACGGUAUCCAAUCAAAGAAUGCAUUGGAGAUCGCAAAUCGGGAAUCGUCGGGGUAUCGCUAGCUCGACAAAGACUGGUAAGAGCGGGACUGGCGCUAAGGCGUAUGUGGACGCAAGAGCUUUACCUCAUCUGCUCUAUUGGAACGGAUGAGUCAUUCAAUUGAUCGUACCACAUUAGCUGUUCGUCAUUUUUACCUUCGGCGGCAUGGCGAAGCUGCUUCAUAUUCUAUCCACUUCCUUCCUUUUUCUGUUUUUACGAUUCGUUCACAAACUCAUUGUCCUGAUGACUGAUGACUGGUCAGAAGGCUUUGAUUUCUGAGAAAUGCUGAGCAGCGCUGGUAGCUGCCAGGUCUCAUGUGGAGAAAAACAUUUCCCAUAACUUCAUAUCCAGCGAUUUCUGGUAUCAGCUAGACGUAGAUGAAAUGUAAUUGCAAUGCGUUUACGGUACCAGCAGCUCCAUUGCUUUCUACUGUCACAGGAUAAGGUACAAUUACUACCCGCACCCAAAAUCUCGUCAGACAAACAGUUAAUAUGUAAGUGCGGUAGGGUAACGAUUGAGCAAACAAAGCAAAAACAAUGGUUCACUUAUCGGCACCUGCAAUAGGAAGGUCAAAGUGAAAUAAGAUAUAGUGCAAAUACUUUGAUUCUAAUUCGCGCGCACAUGCAGCGCACUGAAACCUAUCCGUCAAACGUAAAAACAAGCAAGCAAAACAAAAACUAAAGGAAAUGAACAACAAAUCAACAAUAUUACAGAUGAUAAAUGUUGGCAAAAAUAGGACAUACCUAAUGCAGCUGGACAAGCGUUCGAAUGAAAACAUUUGGUACAACAUCGAGAAGAACUUUGGCUGCGGACUACAACGUAUAUACUUUGUUUUUUUAAAACUUCAUCCAACAUUAGUUUUUGCGCACCAAUGAAGUGCAAAAAAGAAAUAUUAAAAAAAACCAAAUCGAAUCGAAAACAAACAAAAGAAGGAUACGGACUACCGAAGAUCGCUGUACUAGCUACAUUCAUUUCAUUCACAUUAAAGCUACAUCCAUUUCAUGAAAUCCGUAAAACUAGCUAAUAAUAGCGAAACAAAAGAGACGGUAAGCAGGACGCGUUAAUAAUGCGUGUCCGUGGUGCGGCGAAUGCCAGAAGAAACCAUUAACUAGUGAGUGAGCGUUACACGCGACCCGAAAACGGUCGAAUUAGUUCAAUUAUUAUGUAGGCAAAUGAGCAACAACCGGAUGAAUAAGGGAUGGUUGGUUUAAGAAAGGCGUAAAAAUGCUGGAAACGUUAAACAAAUAAUCGGGAUCGUGGAUAGUCGUAGCAAAUGGUAGGACAGCAGCAAAAGCGCGCAGUAAAAGGAUAUCGAAUGAAUGCUCCGACCGUCAUUCCUUCCGAGUGGUUUAUAUAAAACAGUUUUAUAUAAAACAGUGCAAAGCAGUUUAACCAUGCUGCUGCUGCUGCUGUUGCUGCUGCUCCUGCCACUGCUUCCGUCGUUGUGCCACGGUAAUUGUGAUGAUGGCGCUCGAUCUGCUCGGGGCAGAGAAAGAGGGCAAAAGAGUAGGAAAUCAAAACUUGAUCAAGCAAAAUAAAUUUCGUUCAGUUACCUUGAAUACUAAGAAGAAGAAAAAGAAGAAAAG